AUGAGAAAGCGGAAAUGGAGAAUUUGGUAUAGAGCAGUAACAAGCACAUAUUAUCGAGGUGCAGUUGGCGCAAUGCUAGUCUAUGACUUAACAAAACGCCAAUCAUUCAAUCAUAUGGCUAGAUGGCUGGAGGAAUUAAGAGGUCACGCGGACAAGAACAUAGUUAUUAUGCUCAUCGCGAACAAAUGUGAUCUAGGAAGUCUUCGAGCUGUACCAGUUGAAGAUGCUCAAGAAUUUGCAGAAAGGGAAAAUCUCUUCUUUAUGGAACCAUCAGCUCUUCAAUCAACAAACGUUGAGGGUGCAUUCAUUACACUUUUAGCAGAAAUUUAUAAAAUCAUUAGCAAGAAAACUCUUAUUGCAGCUCCGGGAGCUGAUUAUGGGAAGCCGCAAUCUUUAAAGAGAACCAGGAUCAUUGUUCCUGGCCAGGAUUCGGAUUCUGGUGGGACUAGUUAUCUGCUGCAUGUCGUCAUGAUUUUUUAUUGA